UUUUGUGUUGUUGUUUCGCGUGUUGACAAUUCGAUUUUUUGAUACGGCGUUCGUCGUGUCUUGUGCGAGAUGUACUAACAUUUUCCGCUGUUUCGCCCUAUUUUCUCACCAUCAGACCGUCAGACUGUGAGUAAAGGACAAAUUUUAUGGUAGUUCUUUUGAAAUGAUGGAUUCGAACUAAAAGCAUUCAUGCAGUCCUCAGAACUUCCGACACAAAGACUGGCCUCCGAGGCCUUGUCUGCCACCAUGCCACCUAAACCAAUGAGAAGAAAGUUUCAGACUCAUGGUAAAAAUCCUCUAAGACGAUUCUCAUUUGACCAAUCGCUCCUUGAGGUAAAGAGCAAUUGUCAUGGUCACCAUCACAAACCUAGUCGGCACUGGCUGAUGAAUGAAAUAAAGAGAUUGAAAGAAGAGAAUGAAACACUUCAACAACAAACUACUCCAGAAACUCAGCAAGGGCCUCCUGACGAGUGUACAUCAUUAAAACGUCGCUUAGAGGAGUCCAAUAAUGUAAGAGCAAAUUUAGAGAAGCAAAUUUCUGAACUUCUAAAGGCUAAUGAGAGUUAUUCUCAGACCUCUGAAUCACAAAAAAAGAAAAUUGAUGAAUUAAAACAGGAUGUUUUUAUUUUGAAGAACUUGGUGUAUCGGUUAAAUGUUGAACUAGAAAAGUAUCAAGACAAAGUUCGAAACUUGAAGAAUCAGAUUGAUGCUACAGAUGAUUGUCACACUGUCACGGAGGAUUCUGGAGUUGGAGAUGCAAAGUUAAUUCAUCAAACGGCCAAAAGCGAUGCUAAAGCUCACGUCCCAAGCUGGACACGAUCAGAAAUUCAUGCUGUCGCACCUUUACUCAAGGCCUACCAAGAAUCUUUAGAUGAGAAAGAUGAGCUAAUUCAAAAUUAUCAAAAAAGCCUUGAUACUUUUGCAGGACGUUGCAAAGAAAUAGUUGCAGAAAAUGAGAAAUUACAUGCUGAGUUGCAAGGUGCCUACAAAAAGGGCGAAGUGUCUUAUGCAGAAUGGGAGUCUGUACAACAAGAUGCUGCCUUUACACGUGAGCAGAACGUUCUACUUAUGCGGCAAGCAAAACUCCAUCAGAACAAAAUUAAAGAACUCCGGGAAAUUUAUCAAACUAAUUUGGCAGAAAUAGCUGUUGAUAGAGAUCAGCUUCAAGAAAAAUGGCAAACAGCAAGGUCUGAACUCCUUGUACUCAGGGGACGUUUCAGUGUUCUAUCCGAUGAGCAUGACAAACUGAAGGAGGAACAUGACUCGAGAGUACCCGCAGCUGUUCAUACAGCUGCGGUCAAUGAGGUUAAAAGGCUAUUCGAGGAAUUGAAAACAAGAUAUGAAGAAGAAAGGGAAACACUUUGUCGAAAGGUAGCAACUUUGGAAUGUGAUAGGCCUCAAUUAGAUUCACAAGUUACAACUCUGACAAUCGAACGCAGUCAAUUUCAGCAGCAGACCAAAAUGUUGGAACAUCAACUGAAGCUUUACAAAGCAAAAUGUGAUCAACUUCAAAAGCAUGUGAAAUCCAUGGAGCUGUCUCGCAUUGCUGCCAAAAGGCACUUAAUCAGAGUCAUGACUUUUGCAAGAGAGAUUAUUGCCGAACAGGAAGAGUUUGGGUCAAAAUCCAGUAAUCCUGGUCAAGAUGCUCACCUCAAUGCCAAAGUUGAAAGUCUUCGAAGACAGUUAAGAGAAGUUGAGGAUAGUGUCAGUAAGGAACUGGAAUUUUUGGAUGAGAAACUCCGGGCCAAAGCGACUGGGUUAAACGCAAUGAAACGAGGCUUGGAACAAGAAUUGCAGUGUCUUCAAGCAGAGGUGAGACAGAGGGAUGAUGUGAUCACUGAGCUCAAAAAACGAAGUGAUGAAAAGUCUGUGGAUGGAUUACACAAUAAUGGUAAAACGAAUAAUGCCAUUAGAGGAAAUUCUCAGCCCCCUCCCGAGAAAGCAAUUUCUUGAUAGGGUAAGUAAGGAAAUCAAUUUAUUUCAACUAAUUGCAUAUAGAAAAUUAUUCAUUUAGAGAUACUAGUGUAUCCGUAAGUAUUCUAUUUUACACUGUCAAAAAUUACGCGUAGAAAUCUGCAAUUUUGGCUGUGCAGAAUUUGAAUGUGCCUAAUUUUUUUCCUUUUUCUUUUCUUCUCUUUUUUUCUAAAAAUCCACAAACUUGAAAUGUAGAUUUGCUUGUAAUUCAUAUUAAACAUUUAAUUUACUCCAUAGACCCUUUGCAGGGAUGGUUUGCUCUUGUUCCGAUUUUUUUUUUCUUCUUUUUUUGUCUUCAUGAGAUACAUUUUUUAACACUUGUGUUAGAUUUUCAUCUUGUUUUCAAGUGAUUAGGAUCUUUAAUUAGCAGAAUUGUGUGCAGAGAAAACAAGUAAACAGAAUAAUUUUUAACUUAAGUCAACAUCAAGCAUCUUACAUAUUGCUGUUACAUGAUUUUUACUUGCAGGUAAUCUCUCCAAGUAUGCAACAUUUUUGAUAGUGAAUGUCACAUCAGCUAUUUUGAUUUGAUCGGUAAUGUUUCUAA